UCAGUAUAUGUAUAUAUAACAGAUUGGUGUUUUUGUUUGCCCUUUUGCAGCUUCAAAUGGAGGACACUCCAAAAACACUAGUGGCUGUACUACUUGAUGAAAAGGAGAUAUGCAAAAAACUGCAGCAUCUCAAGAGUGCAGCAGAAAUAAUUGAUGCUUCCAAAUGUCUCCUCCCCUGUGCUGCAGAGUACCACCGAAUUUUACAAUUUAACGCUGAUUUUAAUGAAUUUAUUGACACCAACCUAACUGAGAAAGUGGAAGCCUUGGACAAGUUUCAAGUUGCACCAAAGAACACACAAGAAGCAGGUCCAAGUAGUCAACAGAAGAACCACCUGCAAGCACUAAUUGAAAGCAAAGGUCCGAGUAUAUUUAAGGAUUAUGAAGCUUCAGGAAUGCUUUCAGAGACAUCAAGAAAAGUCCUUGUGAAGAUAGGAGUCAGUGCGUUGGUGGAACAAAUUGGAUUUUACCCUUGUAAUGAAGAGAAACGGAUGUUGGCAGAAAGUGUGGUGACACUGUUUUCUUCUCUGAAGAUCAAGAUGGGAGAAGAGAAUGAAGGAUUUGAACAUUUCUAUGACCCAGUCUCCCACAGUGGAUUUAUUGAGAUGAGACUUAGAAAUCUACGGAGGAGGCUUCAUUAUGAUCAGCGUCGCUACCAGCGCAAACGUAGUCGAAUCAGUGAUUCCUCUGGAGUGUCUAUCACUUUGGAAAUGACUGCUGAAGGGGAGGAGGAGUCCUCUCGGGAGUGGACGACUGUGAUCAAAAGGAUGAAACCAUCUCCAGAAAACCUCAAUACCAUCAAAUUGGGUUACAAGAGUCAGGUGUUGUUUGUUGAAAGCAUGAAAGACUUUGGCUAUGAACUUGACACAUGUAGCACUGUUCAUGUUUCUCACUCUGUUAGUGUGUUCGGUCAGACUUUACAAACUGGUUGUACCAAAGAACAAAUGAAUACAAAGUGA